CCCCUGCAGGUAAAAAUAGAAAAUUGUGUUCUGUAGCUUAUUUGUAGUAUGAUGACCGCUUGCUAGCUUUAUAGGUAGCAGCAGUCACGUAAACGAGACAGUAAUUUAACAAAACAUAUGAACGUUCGUUAGGUAUUAAUAGUGAAAUACCUGAGGACGAGAAUGAGUCGACGAAAUAAUCACUCUUUUUCUGAUUAUGGACCGCCGAAUACAUACAAUGCUCAUGGAAGCGUCACACCAACCCAGGGAAGUGCAGGAACAACCCACCACACAAGACACUCGACCGUAAACCCAGGAUCCUACAACUCUCAGCAAACAAGCAACUCAGAAAAAGCCGAGCUCUACGACCCAUAUGAUCCUAAUCCUGGCUCAUCAUCAGACUCUGAAGUGGAGCCUUCCAAAGGCAGGGAAGACCAUCGCAGACACAGAGUUAGUGGAGGGAGCAGCCGCCUGAGUAGUGGAUAUCAAGGCUCUGCUUCAGUAGCUGGGCAUCGUGAUGGCUUCAACUGGGAUUUGUUAUCCUCUCGGCCCAGUACCAGACAUGAGCAGUCCAGCCAUGAUCACUCAGAACGGCCGUUGCCCACGACAGAAACCCCACUAUUCCCCCUCAAUGCAUAUUGGGAGCAGGGGGAAAAUGGGAGAGAAAUGUCCACAACCACAGUAGCUGGCAAAGAGAGAAGAAAUCCACCAGGGUUAUCCCGGUCCCACUGGGAUACCAACCCCAUUCAUGGCCAAUCAGAAUCUAGUGGAAGAGGAGGGGACCUAAGCAAGUCACGCUCAGAGGUCACAAAGAAGAGAAGCAGAAGCCCAAAUGAGGACAUAUCGAGUGAUUUUUUCACCUGUGACAUGUGUAACUUGGAUUUCCAUAAAGCGAGCACCCUUGAGGUGCAUCUGAAGUGCAAUAGUCACUGGGAGACCCUGGAGCACAUCCAAAAUCAAAACAACUACGACGACACGGCAAUCGCCUUUUUGCAUGAGGCCAUGUUAACCAAAGUCCGGCAAGGUGAUAGACUGCAGAUGAACAGACAAAGCCUUAGAGGUAGCUUAACGUGCAAAGCCUGGGGUCUCUCGCUAAUGCUUCUGGCUAGUCACACAUACUGUUCCCGACCAGAUUCAUUCCCGCGUCCAUCCCUCCUACUAUUCUCCCACUUGCCUGACUCCCCCUCUGUGUCCAACUGUAAAGCAUUGCAGGACAAGGAUUACAUGACAAAGUUAGAUAUUUUCCACUGUGCUCCUUGCCAAGUCUACGUCUCCGUACAUCCAUCGUCACUGCAGGAUCACCUGAGCUCCAAAGACCACCUGAGGAACAAAAUGGAAUUUAGAACCAAACAGUUGCGGGAAAGUGUGAACUUUGCGAAGGCCACCAUGAAACGAAUGAAUACUGAGUAUGCAAGCUUCUGUGAGGGCAAGGAUCCUUUUGAGCAUUCAUCAUGAGGGCCAUGAAGAAUAGACAAAACAGUUGAUGUGAACUGCUCGCUACUGGCUGUGGACAGCCAACAACCACCAAUCAAAAUCAACUAGACAAAGACCAAAUGGACAUAGUCUGUGCCCUUAGUGUUGAUGUUCAGUCGUAUGUAUCUCUAAACUAAUACAGGAUAAUCUUAACUAAUACAGAAUAGCGUUUUUUCCUUGAGUGUGGAGCAUCCAUUAGCUAGAUAUCACAUAGUUGAGAACUUGUAGUCAUUUUGUGUUUGAUGUAGACAUUUUUCACGUAAGAACAUUUUGGACCUUUUUAUUUUUUCAGUUGGUAAUUGAUUUAAUUUCAAUAGAUAUUGAAGCACAUUUUGCAAUGUUUUUCCCACAAUUAUCUUUUUCCAUUAGAACACCUGCUUUGAUUCAUUGAGAUUUAAGGAUAGAAAUACUGUAAUGUUUGGUUUCCUUGAAGAAAUAUGGUCUUUACAGGCUUUCCAACUUUGUAAUUUCUUACAAUCAUUUAAAAAUAAUACCCAAACAAUAAAUGUUUUAAAGACAAAUAA